UGCGUCUUUUGCGAUGAACGGCAACCAAAGAAAACAAACCUAACUGGGUCAAGUUCAAGAGAUGCUGAAGGAGAGACGGUACUUCGGUGCCAAGUAUUUACAGAGCGUUAAUCAACAUACUGUCCCGAAUUAUUGUUGUCACAUGACAACACAAAAUAGUCUCUGCUUCCGUUGUGAGUUAUCGCAGCUGAUUUAGCAGACGAAACUUGGAAAAAAGUCCAAGAUGGCCAAGGAUGAAAAUAAUGAAGAACAGAAGAUUGAAAUAGAAUUCACACCAAGAUUUGACACCACCCAAGAUACAGAGCCACCCCCCAGGAAAGGACCCCAUGAGGAGGAGUUUGUUCCCCCUGAUGGAGGCUGGGGCUGGGUUGUAUGUUUCACUUCACUCUUGACUAAUGGAACAGCUUUCAGUAUCCUCAACACUUUUGGUAUAAUAUAUGUUUACUUGGUCAAGGAGUAUGCUAAAGGAGAUCAUGCAAUUGCUUUUAAAACAUCAUGGGUUGGAUCUGUUUGUACAGGAAUUACUUUUUUGAUGUGCAUCUUUGCCAGCAUUUGUAGUGACAGAAUUGGUAUCAGACCAACGGCUUUUUUCGGCGCGGCUUUAGGCGUGAUUGGACUCUUCUCUAGUGCUUUUAUUACAAAACUGGAACUUCUAUAUCUAACGUAUGGCCUGUUUCUUGGAAUUGGGGGAGGAUUCAUCUAUUCUCCCUCUUUGGUCAUUAUUGGACACUAUUUCAAAAAACACAUGGGCAUUGUGAAUGGAAUCGUAGCUUUUGGAAGUUCAAUUUACACAAUAAUCCUGUCCAUUGUUCUACCUAUUGUCCUGGAAUCGCUAGGCAUCAAAUACACUUUCAUGAUUCUGGGAGGAUUAUAUUGUAUGCUUCUCUUAUGUUCUUUAACAUGGAAGCCGCUUUUUCACAGAGAAACCAACCUCCCAGAACUAGCAUUAUCCACAGAGAGCAUUGUGAAACAUGCUAAUGACUGUUGCUCAUGGACCAGAAAGUACCUAAACUUGAAGAUAUUCAAAAAUCGAGCAUAUCUGAUUUGGUUUUUGGGACUUGCUGUUGCGCUAUUCGGGUACUUUGUACCAUUUGUACAUUUAGUUAAACAUACUCAGGACAACUUCCCCGGUUCAAAUGCCUUUAUUUUGAUCACAUGCAUGCAAGUGACUUCUGGAGUCGGACGAAUCGUCUUUGGAAAGGUAGCGGAUCUGGCAUUCGUGAAUAGAAUCUACAUGCAACAAUGUGCAUUCGUGGUAAUGGGCAUAGUAACAGCAUGCAUUCCUUUUUCUGCCAGCUUUGAAGGUCUCAUAGCUAUCUGUCUCAUUCUUGGAGUUUGUGAUGGUAUCUUUGUAUGUUUACUGGGUCCCAUUGCAUUUGACAUUGUUGGUCCCAUGGAGGCUUCACAAGCCAUUGGUUUCAUGCUCGGUGGAUUUUCAAUUCCAUUUACUGUUGGUCCUCCUAUUGCAGGAUUUCUCUACGAUCAUCUACACUCGUAUGAAAUAGCAUUUGUAGCUGCUGGUGUUCCACCUAUCGUAGGUGCGAUUAUGAUGUGUCUCAUUCCUAGAGUCCAACAGAGCUACCCUGCAGCAACAGAAACACACACAUUUGCUUCGAUCUCCAUGUUAGAUGUCUACCAUGCAAGUACAAGUAGAUCAGGUCAAUUAAAUCAAUUGAAUCAAGUAAAUGGUGUAAAAGGGCACUCCGGAACUACCUCCGAGCUAGAAGUAGUACGUAUUGUGGAACUUCCAGAUCCCACCGACGUAGAGGAAAAACUUUUAGAUUCACAAAACAACGAUAUUAAAUUCAGGAGAAAAGGCUCUAAAACAUCUAAUGAAAAUGAUGAUGACACAUCGGAACAAGAUAGUGAAUCACUUUUAGAAAAAGAGUCAAGCAGCUGAUAAGAGAUGUAUGGUUUUCAGGUUAGAGAGUGCUAGUGAUCUUAGUACAUGGAUGUUCAAAUGUUAUAGAAUUGUUAAUGUGAGAGAGGCUUAUUGAGUAGAUUGGUCAGAAUAUACAUGUAUACAUAAGUCAUCCAAGAUGCCAAAGGAGGUAACUUUUACAUACUGUUUAACCAUAAAGAUGUUUAGCCUAGUAUUUCACACAUAAAGACCCAAGGAUGAAAACAUUAGGAUUCCAGUAUUAAAUCGUAAUGUUUUUUCAGUGAUGUUUUAUGAAAAAGUAAUUUUAAAGUAAUUUUACACUAGGCAACGAGAGCCAAAAUUCAAUUUACAUAUAUGGUGUUUAUUGUGUAUUUUAUCUUACAGCAGGUCUGAUUUAACAUAGUUAUAAUAUGUGUAAAACUGUGUUUUCAUUCAGGGCAUGAAAAUGUUAUUAUGUUUCAAGAUUUUAGAGUUGUUGACAGUUUAAAAAUAUAAAUGCACAAACAAGUGUAUUGCACGUUCGUUCAAUAAAUGACUGAUAAAACAGAUAAAA